AUGGCUAUUCAAAGACAUGGCCAGAUCGAGGACGUUUCGUUCCAAUUGGACUUUGGCGAUGACCUCACGACCGAGGUCGAGCCCGAAAAUAGCCCAGAGAGGCCGCCACCCCGAACGACACCCACGCCAAACACGUCAGCAAAGAGGCGGAAAUUGGAAAGCGAUACGGUGCAACCGGCGAGACCAGCGACGAGUGAUGCGAACCUAAUCACCCUGCAGUCCGUAGGAAAGGCCGAUCCCUACCAGGCUCAAGAAGGAAUCUCUACCGAACCCACGCGAACUGUGGUCGAGCAACCCGCCACAAGCCCGAAAGCUGCCGUCGAACCGUACGAUCCCGAUCCCAUCGAGUCUCUGCCGCCUUCGAGGCCUGUCGCACUUGCGCCACCUAUCUCACCAGUGUCGAAAAGGGUUACGACGGAACACACCGAGGUGGAAGAAAGCCCUCUGGAUGCGCCAGGCAGUGGACGACGACGCACAGUCACCACCAGCAGUGCUGUUGCGUCGAGUGCUAGAUUACAGCAGGCACUUUCACCUGGUGAUAACGAGACCGAGCCUAUUCCGAUAUCUUCUCCGCUGGAGCGUAAAGCACGGAGAAAUACAAACAGCACGCGCCGGUCAACGCUCAGCUCCCGAGGAAGUCGAGAACCUGCCGCGUCUGAGGAUGACGGUCUGAAUGAGCUUUCGCCGGGCCGGGCGAACAGGGUCCUUGAAAGGACAAUAUCCCCCGAGCUUUCUUACCAUAUCGAUGCGGCGUUGGCGGAACCAAUUGAACCUGUCGAUGAACCAUCACCAGAGCCAAUAUUUAGGCCUGUUUUGGAGCCGGGACCAGAACCAGAACCAGUUGUGGUAGGCGAACCCGAACCGGAGCCGGAACACGACGAAAGCUUGGCGGAGGAGGUGAAUGCGAACGAGGCAGCCGAACGACUAGGACGAAAACGACCACGCAGGAGUCCCAGACGACCGUCUCCUGAACCAGACUCGACCAAUGCCGACGAGGCGCAAGAAGAGCCGCCCCCUAAGAGACGGAGAAAACAGUCACAAAAGAGCCCGGCAGAACAGAAGCAAGGGAGACCAAAGGCGUCUUCCAAAGCUAAACACUCUCCAACGAAGCGCAAAAGGAAGCAGGGGGCCGACGGGACCGAGGAGUCAAUUACUAUUCCCAUCCAGCGGUUCACCAAAAGAUUACCAGUCGCGGAGGGUAACGACGAUGACGCUGACGUGCUCAAUCUGGAUAUACCGUUUGCUGCGCGUGGUGGAGUCAACACCGUUGAUGUACUAACCCAAAUGUGCGACGAGAUCAUCGAGGCAAGUCUAGACACCCUCAAGGAGGGUGUGCGAAACGCCACAGAUAAAGCCACCAAGAGGGAACAUCAAGUGCAGCUCCGAGCUCUGGAGGCUUACCAGGAGGAGCUGAGGACUCGACUCCUCCAGCAUACCAUCCUCCUCGACGCACUCCACAGCUUGCGCAAGCGAGUACGCAGCGUCCAGAAAGAAAGGAUCGCUCUUCGGGACGAAAUCAUGCAGAUUCGUGCCGAGCGAGAACAGGUGGCACUCCGGAAGGACGCUGUCAGAAUCAAGCACGAAAAGGCGACCCAGGAAGCCCUGAGUCAAUUGAGCUUAUCUUCGCAGAUGCAUGACAUCGACCUGGCUGUGGAGCGUGGUCGGGCGGCGUCCGAGCUUGGCCCGGCUGAGAAGAAGACGGCCGAGCUGGCUAACCUCGAGAUUUUGAUAUCCAGAAUUACAGACCAAGCAUGUACGCAAAGCGGUGCAGGAGGGUCACUAAAGCAGAUCAAGGACUUCAAUGCUUUCCUUGAACGAGCGGCCGUGGCCCUGGAAAGCAGAUGA